GUAUUCGAAACGUGCCUUUGUCCAUCACUAUGUCGGCGAGGGCAUGGAAGAGGGUGAGUUCUCCGAAGCUCGUGAGGACUUGGCGGCCCUCGAGAAAGAUUACGAAGAGGUCGGCAUCGAAACCGCUGAAGGCGAAGGCGAAGAAGAAGGCUAUGGCGACGAGUUCUAA